UACAAGGGGUGAUCACAGUCUCUCAGGCAGAGCAACAAGGGACUGAAGCCCACCAAAAUGAAUCUUUUCUGCUUUUCACUGGAAGGCUCCAUGGACAGCUUAUAUGAGCCCGUCCCAGAGCAACAAACUAACCAAGAAAACACCUCUGUUGGGACUGGUUCUCUUAGGUCACCUUUUGGAGAGAGUGGAAAAGCACACGGCAAUCUCUUCAUGGAAGUUUCUAAUUUUGAGAAUGCACAACCAAAAAGAAAGUUGAUCCAGAGAUCUAUGUCAGAAAACAAAGGAUUUGAAAGGAAAACAGUGAAUGACACAAUCUGGCAGGAACCCUACAAGCCUGAGAAUGAUUCCCACAUCAGAAGACUCUGUCAGCUAAAAGAUCUAAAUGAAGAUGAUUUUCUUUUGAGUAAUAACAUACAUACUUUACAAGGAAAAAAACCACAAGGCACUUCCUGUCAGGCAGUAAAAUCAGGUGGUGACCCAGUGGAAUCAAUGGGGACAUUAAAGAGACUACAGAAACUGGUCCGGACCAAGAGAGCCAGGGUGCCAAGUCUGAAUGAGAUGAAACCUACAUUCAUAAAUCUCCAAGAUGAAGACGAAACCUUGAUUCCCUGUAUGAAAUUAGCCAAAUGCCAAGAAAAGAAAAUUGGUAAUGCUAGCACAAGAGGAAAGGAAGAAAUGGAGAUUGGAUUAGAUUCUGUUUCUGCAUCACUGGCUAGAUCCAGCCCUUCAACUGGAUGUAAUUCGGGAGAAAUGUUCUCCCAUCAUGAAGGUGAAGUUCGGAUGUGGAACAGCUGGAAACCUUUUCCAGAAAACCCUCUCUGGACAUGUGUUGAUUUCCAAAUUGCCCAAACUGGACCCUGGAACAACUGUUCCCGCUGCACUCACCACCCACAGCUUAAGUCUUCUUAUACAGAUAUGGAUCUCCCACAUUCUUGGCAUAAAGAUAAACAGUACAGGGUAGAAAUUCCAUAUGUGUUGGAGCCAAAUAAGCCCGGUCUUGAAUUGUGGCCUCACUGCUUACUGUGUGACUAA